AUGAUAAAAAGAAAGAAAACGGAAAAUUCUAUUUACAAUUAUCCAUCAAGUAUCCAAGAAGAAGAUUUCAUAUCAAGCGAUAGUACUACGAGACUCUUCAUCACCAAUCAACAAAAAUCGAAUAAAAUAAUCUUCGAAUCUCAAAAUAUUUUCUCAACAUUCAAGUUUUGUAUUGAGAUUAGCAAUUUUAAUUGCUGA